GGUCAGCGGAGACUGAGUCGGUUCUUGAAUCUGUCUUGAUGUGCUGCUUCCAACUUGUAACAGUCAAAAGACUGGAAUUGGAAUUUUACUGACAUACUGCUAUUCAUCUGGUCUUCUGGUCCAGUUUCAUCACACCUCCGACUCCUCAGGCGACGAACAUAAAAUCCAAGAUGGCGGUGGACAGCUUAGACCCAGGCGCGGCGUCAGCGCCCGCGUGGGCGGGAAAAAUCGAAGCGUAUGGCUCAAACCACACCGUUAUUGACCAAGUUCUUCCUGAAAUGUUGCAUCUGAUUGACCCGCAUUGGUAUCAGUUCCCGCCUAUGAAUCCCCUGUGGCACGGCUUAUUGGGUUUCGUGAUUGCUGUUCUUGGUUUCAUAUCGUUAUCCGGUAAUGGAAUGGUCAUCUAUAUUUUCACAACUACAAAGACUCUUAAAACUCCUUCAAACUUAUUGGUACUUAAUUUGGCUGUCUCUGACUUUCUGAUGAUGACAUGUAUGGCCCCGCCUUUAGUUGUAAACUCGUAUCACGAAACAUGGGUAUUUGGUCCACUGGCUUGUGCUCUUUACGCUGCUGCGGGCUCAUUGUUCGGGACUAUCUCAAUCUGGACGAUGACAAUGAUAGCUUUUGAUCGCUACAAUGUAAUCGUCAAGGGAAUCGCAGCUAAACCCAUGACUAACAAUGGAGCUCUGCUGCGUAUCUUAGCUAUUUGGGUCUCGUCAUUAGCUUGGACUGUUGCACCAAUGUUUGGAUGGAAUAGGUACGUCCCGGAAGGCAACAUGACCGCCUGUGGAACUGAUUAUCUGAACAAGGAUUGGUUCAGUCGAAGUUACAUUGUGGCUUAUGCUAUUUUCUGCUACUUCACACCAUUGGCCCUUAUUAUCUACUCCUAUUUUUUCAUUAUUCAGGCAGUAGCCGCACACGAAAAGGCGAUGAGGGAGCAAGCAAAGAAGAUGAAUGUGGCAUCUCUAAGGUCGUCGGAAGCGGCUAAUACUAGUGCUGAGUGCAAACUGGCUAAGGUCGCUUUGAUGACAAUUUCAUUGUGGUUCAUGGCAUGGACACCGUAUUUGGUAAUUAAUUUCACGGGUAUCUUUGAGACCGCUACAAUCAGUCCUCUGGGUACGAUUUGGGGCUCGGUCUUUGCUAAGGCUAAUGCUGUUUACAAUCCCAUUGUUUACGGUAUCAGUCAUCCGAAAUACAGAGCGGCUUUGUACCAGAGAUUCCCAUCACUAGCGUGCCAGCCAGCGGCGGAUGACAACACGUCGCAGGUAUCCGGCAAAACUGCGGUCUGUGAAGAAAAACCAUCCAUGUAUGGAUGUAGAAGAAGGGAGAGAGGUAUAUCUCUGCCUAUCCCUCUGGAUAACAAAAUGGCGUUAAAUUAUCUUAACACUGGUGCAGCAAAAAUGGACACUUGGAACGGACAAAUGUCGGCUUACGGCGCAAACCAAACUGUGGUAGACAAAGUUCUACCCGAAAUGCUUCAUCUCAUUGACCCUCAUUGGUAUCAAUUUCCCCCUAUGAAUCCGUUAUGGUACGGUUUAUUGGGUUUCACCAUCACUUGCUUGGCUAUCACAUCGAUCACCGGAAAUGCUAUGGUCAUCUAUAUCUUCACGACGACAAAGAAUCUCAAGACUCCUUCGAACUUGCUUGUCGUUAACUUAGCUGUUUCCGACUUCCUUAUGAUGGCUUGCAUGGCGCCACCUCUUAUCAUUAAUUCUUACAACGAAACUUGGGUAUUCGGUCCACUGUUCUGUGCGAUUUACGCUUGCGGUGGUUCCUUAUAUGGUACCGUAUCAAUCUGGACAAUGACUGCAAUCGCCUUCGAUCGAUACAAUGUGAUUGUAAAAGGCAUUGCAGCAAAACCAAUGAGCAUCAACGGAGCUCUGUUGCGUAUCUUGGCAAUCUGGCUUUCAUCACUCGCAUGGACUGUUGCUCCAAUCUUCGGAUGGAACAGGUAUGUCCCAGAAGGUAACAUGACCGUAUGUGGAACUGAUUACCUCAGCAAGGACUGGCUUAGCCGCAGUUACAUCAUCGCUUAUGCAGUCUUCUGCUAUUUCCUGCCAUUGGGUCUCAUUGUCUAUUCUUACUGGUUCAUCAUCCAAGCAGUGGCAGCUCAUGAAAAGGCUAUGAGGGAACAAGCAAAGAAAAUGAAUGUAGCGUCUCUAAGAUCCUCUGAUGCUGCGAACACCAGUGCUGAGUGCAAAUUGGCUAAGGUUGCUUUAAUGACCAUCUCUCUAUGGUUUAUGGCCUGGACUCCAUAUUUGGUAAUCAAUUUUGCGGGCGUAUUCGAGACGGCACCUAUUAGUCCUGUCAGUACAAUUUGGGGCUCUGUUUUCGCCAAAGCGAACGCAGUUUACAACCCAAUCGUAUAUGGGAUCAGCCACCCGAAGUACAGAGCCGCACUGUACCAACGAUUCCCAUCGCUGGCGUGCCAGCCAUCUCCAGAUGAAAGUGGGUCUGUGGCCUCCGGGAACACUGCCGUUUGCGAAGAAAAAGCUCCUGCGUAAUUAUUAAUAUAGUAUUAAGAAGUUAACCAACGAUGACGACUUGGAAAUGUUUACUGGAUCUGAUAUUUACUGAUAAAUCGAACACUGAACAAAAUAAGUGAAAAACAAGAAUCUUCUUAUAAAUUUUUUCUUCAACAAUUAAUUAUUAUUCGAUUUAAAGAUUUGUGUGCACUUUAAUUUUCGGUGUAUCGAUUCAAUUUAAUUUAAUUUUUUUCAAAAAAAAAGUCGACGUUACAAAAAAAUGUAAAAAAAAUAUGUAGCAAACGUAACGUCAGGCUUCCCUACUAUCCUCGUGUGAUAAUUGAAAUUACUUUAAGAUGAAUUGAUUUUACGAUGAAAAACGCAAUGUAAAAUGGACAAUUGAGAAAGCAAUAAAUGCAACCAAGCAAAGUGGUAUAAGACCGCAAAUA